AUGGCUUCCCUCCUUCUUCGGAUAUUCGCGUGUUCUUUCUUGUUGGUGUCAGUUUCCACACAAGAGAGCGUUUUCAAAGCUGCUUCUGUCAUCGAUGACUUCAAUGUCAACGACUUCAUUUCAUCGGGGCCUUGGUGUGGAUACUGCAAGCAAGUGCUUCCUGUUUGGGAUCGUCUGGCAGACCAGCUCCAUGGGGACGUGGUGGUUGCAAAGGUGAACCUGGAAGACAAUACGCAAAUACAGCACAGGUUCCGACGCAAGAUCAAAGGCUAUCCCACCAUGUUGCUGUUCAACGAGGGGAGGAUGUAUGUGUACACUGGGUCACGGUUAGCUCCGAAAGAUCAGACGGCGGAUAUACCCAAGGAUCCUGCUACUCUCAGCAUAGUUGAAUUUACCAUGGAGAAGUUGGAGGAUUUCUUAACAGGGACGUUGGAAGGUUACCAGGGCAUCUGGAAUAGUUUUCCUCAAGAGUUCACUGCUGCAGUCGUUACCUCCUUCUCUCUGGGAGCAAGUUUUGGUUUUCUGGUCAAGGUUGGAAUAGAUUCGUUGUUUGUCCCUCGGAGGAAGAUAAAGAAGAAAUGA